AUGGCUUCCGAGUUUCCUUCCUCCGUGUUUCUCCUCACUUUCCUGACUGUACUCUGCUUUCGAUUGUGGUCAUCCGAAGCUGAACCCCCGACCAAACUGUACAUCGUGUACAUGGGAGAAAAGGAACAUGAAGACCCAGACCAAGUCACAGCUUCUCAUCAUGACCUACUCAUCUCUCUUCUUGGGAGCAAGGAGGAAGCUCUGGCUUCUAUCGUCUACAGCUACAAGCAUGGCUUCUCGGGUUUCGCUGCGAUGCUCACAGUGCAUCAGGCAAAGCAACUCAGAGAGUCACCGGAUGUCAUCAGCGUGAAGCUUAGUGGCGAGUGCAGACUCCAAACAACUCGUAGCUGGGACUAUCUGGGACUGAACUACAAGCAACCUACCGAACUCCUCCACAAAAGCAAACUGGGAGAUGGUAUAAUAAUAGGAAUCAUUGAUACAGGGAUAUGGCCGGAAUCGAACAGUUUCGAUGACAAUGGCUAUGGGCCGAUCCCUUCACGAUGGAAGGGGAAGUGCGAAGCAGGAGAGGCAUUUGAUGUCAAUCACUGCAACCGGAAGAUCAUCGGAGCUCGGUACUACUGUCGCGGUGUCCCCGACAGGUACCUUAAAGAAGAAUAUGUCUCGCCCCGUGACUACAACGGGCAUGGAACGCACACUGCCUCCACGGCGGCUGGCUCGCCGGUGGAGAACGUGAGCUACCACGAGCUCGGCUUUGGGGUGGCCAGAGGCGGUGCCCCUCGGGCACGGCUGGCCGUAUACAAGGCAGUGUGGGGGAAAGGCAGCGGCGCUGGUAGCUACGCCACGGUGCUGGCGGCGAUGGAUGACGCGAUUCAUGACGGAGUUGACAUUCUCUCGCUAUCGCUUAAGGUGGAGGAUGACUCGUUUGGUUCCUUGCAUGCAGUGGCAAAUGGGAUCACCGUGGUCUAUGCCGCCGGGAACCUGGGCCCUAUUCCCCAGACCCUGUUAAAUGAGGCGCCUUGGGUCAUUACAGUGGCCGCGAGCACAAUUGACCGCUCGUUUCCUACUGACAUCACCCUUGGAAACAAUCAAACUCUGGUGGGUCAGUCCAUGUUUUACACAACUAAGAAGGACAAUGGCUUCAGAGAACUAGAAUAUGGUUACAGCUGCACGAAGGAAACAUUGAAUGGUACCAACAUAGUCGGGAAGGUUGUCCUAUGUGUCGCAGUCUCUCCCUCACCCUUGACUCUAUUUCCUAUCGUAUUGUCUAAUGUGUUGCAAGCAGGAGGAAAGGGCCUUAUUUUUUCUCAACAUACGACCAAUGGUCUUGUAGUAGUUGAAGGAUGCAGAGGCAUCCCUUGCAUUCUUGUGGACUUGAACAUUGCAAAUGAAAUCGCCGGCUAUAUUCUUAGAACAAGCUCACCUGUGGUGCAGGUGAGCAACACGCAAAAUGUUGUGGGUAAAAAAGUGUUAUCGCCAAAGGUUGCUGCGUUCUCUUCAAGGGGGCCAAGCAUACUAUUUCCUGGAGUGCUCAAGCCUGAUAUUGCAGCUCCGGGUGCUAGCAUCUUGGCAGCAGUUCGAGACUCCUACAUAUUUGGUUCUGGAACAUCAAUGGCGUGUCCACAUGUGUCAGGAGCAGCAGCUUUGCUUAAAUCUCUACAUCCUAAUUGGUCUUCUGCUGCCAUAAAAUCAGCACUUGUCACCACUGCAUCUACUAUGGAUGGAUAUGGAUUGCCCGUACUAGCAGAAGGAGCGCCAAGGAAGAUUGCAGAUCCAUUUGACUAUGGCGGAGGCCAAAUUAACCCGAAUCGAGCAGCAAAUCCUGGCCUUAUUUAUGACAUCAAUCCAAAGGAAUAUUAUAAGUUCUUCAAUUGCACUUAUCAAUUGUUUGAGAUUUGCGACAAAGGAUUGCAACCUGUAUAUUACCUAAAUCUCCCCUCCAUUUCCAUUCAUGAUCUCAAAAGUUCUGUGACAGUUUGGAGAACAGUAACCAAUGUGGGUGAGAUUGAUGCAGUCUAUAAGGCAGAAGUCCAAGCUCCGACAAAUGUUAAGAUGGAAGUCGAGCCUUCUGUUCUUAUAUUUAAUGCUACCAAAAGGAUACAUACCUUCGAAGUGACCUUCUUGCCAAUUCACGAGGUACAGGGGGUCUUUUCGUUCGGAAGCUUGACAUGGAAUGAUGGUGGAGUUCACUUGGUGAGAAUUCCAAUUGCAGUUCGCGUGGUGAUUCUGGACUUCUAUGGAGAUACUGAAUGAAAGUUUCCUUAAUAGUAUUGAUUGUUGGCCUAGGAAAUUAAUGCUGUAAGUAGAAAUAAAUAUGGAUGCGAUGUGGUCAUGUAUGCAAGAUAUAUGAUGUUGAGUUGUAUGCCAAGAUCAAAGAGGUGACAUGUAAUGAUUGUUAAUUCCGCACAUGUA